CUCUGAUAUUAAUGGCAGAGCUGUUGCACUUUGACGCAGUUCUCUCUCUCAGUUUGGAUCACUUUAUUUGAGACCAUGAAACUGGUGUACGUGUGCUGUUCUCUGCUGAUAGCCGUCUGGCAGGAGGUAGAGGCUUCUGGUAGUGGCCCCUCUGGGGUUCUGGAAAGGGUGUCAGGAGGUUCCAGCUGCUCCCAGGUGAGGCUGAGGCCAGCUGGGCAGUGUGAAGAUGAGGAAGAGUGCCCGUACCAGAUCACACUGCCAACGCUGACCAUCCAGCUUCCCAAACAAUUCCGACAACUGGAGAAGACCAUGAAAGAGCUGCAAAGCUUGAAGGAGACAGUAAACAGGUUGAAGAGCUCCUGUCUGGAGUGCAGCUUGCAGCAAGUAGACCUCAACUUGCAGAUGGACAGCAGAGACCCUCCGACAAACAGCGCAGAGCAGAGUCGAGGGGAUACCAGCACGAGAGUCUACCAGAAUGGGAACAACAGUAAUAAUGACAUUGUACAACACAUGCAGGUGAAGAUGAACCGCAUGUCUAUCAGCCUGAAGAACGCACGUGCGCAUAUUAACUCCCUUGAGGGCCGUCUGGAGGAACUUAACCUCCUCAAUCUGCAAAAUGUGGAGGAUAUAGUGGACAGAAAAGUUGAGAACAUUACCAGGGUUGUCAACAAAAUCAGCAGCAACUGCACACAUUGUCCAGGUCAACAACAACAACUACUUCAGCAUCUCACAAACAUCCCUCUCAGAGACUGCUCUGACAUCAGUGUUCUAGGGCAGAGGAAAAACGGGGUGUACCAGGUGACCCCUGACCCCAGAAAUGGCAGCUUUGCAGUGUACUGUGAAAUGGAGGAAUUCGGUGGUGGGUGGACUGUCUUGCAGCGUCGCAUCAACGGCAGCGUGAGCUUCAGCCGCACCUGGGCUGAAUACAAGAAGGGCUUUGGUGACCCUAAAGGGGAGUUCUGGCUUGGCAAUGAUAAAAUCCACCUGCUCACCAAAACCAAGGACAUGAUCCUGCGCAUUGAGCUCGAAGACUUUGAGGGCACACGUGGGUAUGCCAAGUAUGAACAGUUCUACGUAUCCAAUGAGUUCCUCAAUUAUCGUCUGUCUUUGAGCGGGUACUCGGGGACUGCUGGAAAUGCUCUGCAGUUUAGCAAACACUUCAACCAUGAUCAGAAGUUCUUCAGUACACCAGACAAGGACAACGACAUGUACCCCUCAGGGAGCUGUGGGGCGUACUACGGAUCGGGCUGGUGGUUUGAUGCCUGCAUGUCAGCAAACCUCAAUGGCAAAUACUACAAAACAAAGUACAAAGGGAAGAGGGAUGGGAUCUUCUGGAGCACGUGGCACAACCUGACUUCUGAGUACUAUCCGACUAACUACAGACAAACAUUUAAAAAUGUCAAAAUGAUGAUAAGGCCAAAGAAUUAUGCACCCUAAGCCACCUUAAGUAUAAAUGAACAAUUAUUUUUGGGGCAGUUACACUCUUUUCCUCAAGAACGUAUUUCAAACAUUGCAAGGCACAUAAAAAUACUAUCCAUCAUCUAGUCUGAAAAUGCCAGGUCUUUUGAGUUAUAAUUUCAUGUUAUUGUGUAUGUGCUACUGCCAUCUUCUGUUUAACUGGUUUACUACACCAUCCUCUUUACAGACUCUUUUUUUUUUUCCAUGUGUUGAUGUAUUUAGUGGGACACACUGAACAGCUUUUUAAAAUAGUUAAUUUGAUUUAUACCAUCCAUGAUUUGUUGGUGGACUUUUUGAAUUUUAAAUGCUGAAAGUUACUUUUUUAGGCUAGAUGUUUUUUUUAAACAGAUGGUUGAAAGCUAACAGACAUGGACUAAAGGCCCAUGAGGUUGAUAUCUGUGACAUUCAAUGAGGAAAUGUACAGUAUUUAUUGUGAAAGCAUGGGAUGAUUAUUUUUUAUAUAUAUAUAUAUUUUUUAAGUAUUGCUGUGUGAUUUGGCAGACCUUGAUGAAUGUUUUUUUUUUCUUACCAGUCUGAAAUUAAUACGUUUAGUUUUUUCUAAUCAUCAUUAGCCUGCUUUUUCAGAAACUAUUUGUAUAUUGGAGAAAUUAUAUCAAAUAUACGCUUUUAAAGGUACUUUCAUGUUUUUUUUUUCAUAUUUUUUCAUACAAAUAAAACUGUAUCUAAACGUUGA